CCCAACUCUGCUGCUCCGGCUCCACCAGGAAGAGGUUCCUUCGUCUGGCCCCUCCCCAGCCUGCCUGCGCCCCUCCAUCCCGGCUCCAGGGUGCUUCUGCUCGGGGCCCCUGUUGGCUGCCCCCAUGGCAGCCGCUGCUUCCCAGAAUCCUGCCCAUGGACUCUUUGAGACCUUUCUGCAGGCACAGCUGUGCAAGGAUGUGCUCAGCAGUUUCCAAGACCUCUGCAUGUGUCUGGGCCUGGAGCCUGGAGGGAGGCUGUCCUUGUAUCACAAGCUCAAGGCUGAGCUCAACUACUGGAAUGCCAAGAGCCUAUGGGCCAAGCUGGAUAAGCGGGCCUCCCAUUCCAUUUAUGAGCAGGGGAAGGCCUGUGCCAAUACCCAGUGCCUGGUCGUAGGAGCAGGGCCCUGUGGACUUCGAACAGCUGUAGAGCUGGCCCUGCUGGGUGCCCGAGUGGUGCUCGUGGAAAAGCGCACCAAGUUCUCCCGCCACAAUGUUCUCCAUCUCUGGCCUUUUACUAUCCAUGACCUGCGGGGGCUUGGUGCCAAGAAGUUCUAUGGGCGCUUCUGCACAGGCACCCUGGACCACAUCAGUAUUAGGCAGCUUCAGCUGCUCCUCCUGAAGGUGGCAUUACUGCUAGGGGUGGAGAUUCACUGGGGGGUCACCUUCACAGGCCUCCUGCCCCCAUCUCACAAGGGGAUUGGCUGGAGAGCACAGCUGCAGCCCAGCCCCCCUGACCAACUGGCCCAGUAUGAAUUUGAUGUUCUCAUCUCUGCGGCUGGCAGUAAAUUCGUCCCUGAAGGUUUCUCAAUCAGAGAAAUGAGAGGCAAACUGGCCAUUGGCAUCACAGCCAACUUUGUGAAUGGACGAACAGUGGCAGAAACUCAGGUGCCGGAGAUCAGUGGUGUGGCUAGAAUCUACAAUCAGAGCUUCUUCCAGAACCUGUUCAAGGCCACAGGUAUUGACCUGGAAAACAUUGUCUACUACAAGGAUGACACCCAUUACUUCGUGAUGACCGCAAAGAAGCAAAGUCUGCUUCGGCUGGGAGUGCUUCGUCAGGACUUUGUAAAUACAGAGCAGCUCCUGGGCCGCGACAACAUAGUACCAGAAGCCCUGCACCGCUUUGCCCGGGCUGCUGCUGACUUUGCCACCCACGGCAAACUUGGCAACCUGGAGUUUGCCUGUGAUGCCCGUGGCCGGCCAGACGUUGCUGCCUUCGACUUCACAAGCAUGACAAGGGCAGAGAGCGCCGCACGGGUACAAGAGAAACACGGGGCCCGAGUGCUGCUGGAGCUAGUGGGCGACUGCCUGGUGGAGCCCUUUUGGCCCUUGGGCACUGGUGUGGCCCGUGGCUUCUUAGCAGCCUUUGAUGCAGCCUGGAUGGUGAAGCAGUGGGCAGGGGGUGCUCAGCCCCUGCAUGUUCUGGCAGAGAGGGAGAGCUUGUACCAGCUCUUAUCACAGACCUCCCCUGAAAACAUGCAUCGCAAUAUAGCCCAGUAUACCCUAGACCCAGCUUCUCGAUAUCCCAACUUGAACCUCCGCUCUGUGACUCCCCAACAGGUACGAGAUCUUUAUGACACAGGGGGCAAGGAACUGGAGCAGAAGAAGAAUGGCAAGGCUGAUUCUCCAAAGCCCCCUGCCCCUGGACUGGUGGGCACCCAAGAGGAACUGCUCCUUUGGUGCCAGAAGCAGACGGCUGGAUAUCCAGGUGUUCAGGUCACAGAUUUCUCAUCCUCUUGGGCCGAUGGUCGGGCACUUUGCGCUUUGGUGCACCGGUUCCGACCCAGUCUGCUUGACUUCUCAACCCUACAAGGGGCUGGAGCUCUGGAGACCACAGCCUUGGCAGUAAAGCUGGCUGAACAAGAAUUGGGCAUUGCACCGGUGAUCCCUCCACAGGUGCUGGUGUCUGGGACUGAUCCAUUGGGCCUUAUUGCCUACCUCACUCACUUCUACAGUGCCUUCGGAAGGACUCCAAAUAGCCCAGGUCCUGUCGGCCCCCUGUCUACCGGGACUGCCAGCGCUGUCCUGUUCCUUAGCAAACUGCAGAGGACGCUGCAGAGGAACCGUUCCCAGGAGAAUGGCGAGGAUAGUGGUGGCAAGAAGCCUCGUCUAGAGUCUGAGUCCAAGAUGCCAAGUCCUACUGAACCCACCCUCCUGAAGCCAGUAACUCCACAGAAUCCUCUGCCAGCAGACCAAGAGGCAGAGGCCGGUGACUUGUGCUCAUUGUGUGGGGAGCGCCUGUACAUCCUGGAGCGAAUCUGCGCUGAUGGCCGCUUCUUCCACCGCCGCUGCUUCCAAUGCCACAGCUGUGAGGCCCCACUGUGGCCAGAAGGCUACCGGCAGCACGCCGGGGAUGGCCACUUCUACUGCCUCUUACACUUCCCUCAAUCUGCCAGCCUAAGUGUCUGUGAUGGAGCCCCCAAAGACCAGGAGCCCCCCAGCAAGAAUGAAGAAAAAGAGGCCGAGGCAGUGUCCCCCAGGACACCCCCAGCUCCUCCAGAGAUGGAAGGUCCUCCCAAGCCGCCUUCAAGAAAACUGAUCAGACUCUCCAGCCCUGAACGUCGGUCGCUAUCAUCACUUAAUUUCAACCCAGAUGCCGAGAUGGAGGGACCCCCCAAACCUCCCCGAAGCUGUUCUGCUUUGGCCCGCCAGGCCCUAGAGGGCAGCUUUGCAGGCUGGGGAGUGCCUGUCCAGAGGUUACCACAAACCUUGCUUUCUCCCCCGCCAGAGCUCCUGAGCUCAGUUGCUUCAAAUGUGGAGGAAGAGGAAGAUGAGGGUCCCUCCUCUAGUGAGGAAGAGGAAGGAGAGGAAGAAGACCUGGUUUUAACCUCCGAUGUAGAACAGACCCUAUUGAACUUUGCCAAGAAUUCGGGCACCAUGGAGAAGUACCCAACAUGGCGGCGGACGUUGCUUCGCAGAGCCAAAGAGGAAGAGAUGAAAAGAUUCUGCAAGGCCCAAGCUAUUCAGCGGCGUCUUGAUGAGAUUGAAGCUUCACUUCGAGAACUGGAGGCAGAGGGCAAGAGGCUGGAGUUAGCUUUGAGGAGCCAGAACUGCUCUUCAGAACAGGAGAAACUAUGGGUAGAAAAACUACUUGACCUCAUUCAAAAAAAGAACAGUUUGGUGGCAGAGGAAGCUGAUCUCAUGAUCACGGUCCAGGAGCUGGGCCUGGAAGAGGAGCAGUGGCAGCUGGACCAGGAGCUGAGAGGCUAUAUGGACAGGGAAGAGACCCUGAAGACAGCCAAGGAGAAGCAGGCUGAAGAACAGAUGUUGAAGCAGCUGCUGGACGUGGUGAAACGGAGAGAUGCCCUGAUUCGCUUCCGUGAAGAGCGUCGGCUUAGUGAGAUGGUGCAGGGGGCUGGGGACCAAGGCUGAGGGGGGUGCUUGCCACUGCCUUCACUGCCAGACUUCCCCAAGGCGCCACCUGGGCUCCUGCAUGCAGCUUAGCUGUGCCCAGCUCUGGAUUCCAUGGCGCUGGCCGUGCUCAAGUGGGCCCCGCAGGAUACCCAACCCGAUGUCAACAAUAAAAAAAAGGUCCAUUGGACACAGGAUUCA